CUUCACGCAGGCGCUAGUUGUUUUACUGGCGCGCUGGUGGUGGGGGGAGUGCUCCGCCCAGCUAACUAUGUUGUGCGCUUGCGUGAAGACGGCCACCAGCCCAAAGGGGGGAGAGAGUUAGCGCGCGAGUGAGGGUGAGAGGGCACGAGCCGGACCCCCGCGAGGCGCCUGCCCUGUGCGGCCCCCUCCUCCUUCUCCCCUCCCUCCCUUCCCCUCCCUCUCACUCCAGCUUGGGCGCCCGCCAUCUGGCUAGGCCGCGCCCUUCACCCUCUGCCCCCUCCCUCCUUCCCUCCCUUCUUCCCUCCCGGUGGGUGGGGUGGCUCCUCCCCCAGGCCCAGCCUCCGGGGAGGGGGGAUGUGAGAAGCACCUUGGAGCGGGGCCGUCGCCAUGGAGACAGGCCCGGCGCCCUUGGUGGCCCCCCCACGCCGCCAUGGUGCCUCAGUGGCCCCCUCUCCGCCACCUCGGGGCUCCCGGACUGGGCCUGUGCUCGUGGUGGCCCCAGGGCCCCCAGUGACCACGGCCACCUCCUCUCCAGUCACUCUGGUGGCCCCUGGAGAGGCCCGCCCGGCCUGGAUGGCAGCUGGCCCCAGGCCCCCUCUUGGCAUCCCCGGGAGCCGGCCACCACCUCCGCCAGCCUCUGCAGGAUCACCAGGGCCAGCGGGGGGAACAGGGGCCGGUGGCAGCACGGUGGUGGUACUGACUCUGGAAUCUGUGGCUUCAGUCUCAGCUUCUGGGCAGGAUCCUGACCCCAACCCCACUAGAGAGGGGAGGACAGACAGCCUUGAAACCACUGGAAUCCCAAGGACAGAGCCAGGGCCAGGGUCAGCCUCUGAACCUCAUGGCAGGCUGGUGGCACCAGGAAUGGUGGCAGCAGUAGGAACAGCUUUACCCAUCAGUGCUGUGACCCCUGGGAUGGUGAUAGACUCUGCAGUAGCCAAGCCAGAAGCAGCAAUAGCAACAUCAGCACACUUGGAGACAGCCCUUGUAGGUGACUCUCUAGUCACCAGCUCAAUGGGCCUGACUGCAUCGGAGAUGGCAUCGAGAUUGGAUCCGGGCACUGGAUUAGCUGACUUGGCCCUUUCAGGAGCACCUGUGUCUGUGACAGCAGAGAGUUCAACCCUUGUGCCUGUUGUAACAUCUUCUGGUGCAGUGACAGCCAAACCGCCUGUUGCGCCCAAACCAGGAAUGGUGGUGGCUUCAGGAACAACUGGACCAGCUACUAUUAUAACAGCAGGACUGACAACAGAUGGGCUAGUUGCUACAGGGACAGCAGCAAUGGGUGAAACCACUGUAGCAGUGGCAGUGGCAGGUCCAGCUGUUGCAGUGCCAGUGGGGACAAGAACAGAGUCUCCUGUGGUCUGUGAGACUCCAGUAGCCAUGGUAACUGUGACCCCAGCCCCAGAGCCAACUGAAGGUUCCCAGGACCUGGGCUCCAUGUCUAGUUUAGGUCCUGGAAUCCAAGGACCUCGGGGGCAGGCCCCAGAUAGCCUGAGCUACCUGGACUCUGUGAGCCUCAUGUCAGGGACCUUAGAGUCUUUGGCAGAUGAUGUGAGCUCCAUGGGCUCAGACUCAGAGAUCAACGGGCUUGCUCUUCGAAAGACAGACAAGUAUGGAUUCCUGGGGGGCAGCCAGUACUCUGGAAGCCUGGAAAGCUCUGUCCCCGUUGAUGUGGCCCGUCAGCGGGAGCUAAAGUGGCUGGACAUGUUCAGUAACUGGGAUAAGUGGUUAUCUCGUCGCUUUCAGAAGGUGAAGCUGCGAUGCCGAAAGGGCAUCCCCUCAUCCCUUAGAGCCAAAGCCUGGCAGUUUUUGUCCAACAGCAAGGAGCUCCUAGAUCAAAAUCCUGGUAAAUUUGAGGAGCUGGAGCGGGCCCCAGGAGACCCUAAGUGGCUGGAUGUGAUUGAGAAGGAUUUGCAUCGACAAUUCCCCUUUCAUGAGAUGUUUGCUGCUCGAGGGGGUCAUGGGCAGCAAGACCUGUAUCGGAUCUUGAAAGCCUACACCAUCUAUCGGCCUGAUGAGGGUUACUGCCAGGCCCAGGCCCCUGUGGCAGCUGUGCUGCUCAUGCAUAUGCCUGCUGAGCAAGCUUUCUGGUGCUUGGUACAGAUAUGUGACAAAUACCUUCCUGGCUACUAUAGUGCGGGGCUGGAAGCCAUCCAGCUGGACGGGGAGAUCUUCUUUGCUCUUCUUCGGCGGGCUUCCCCUCUAGCACACCGGCAUCUUCGGCGUCAGCGCAUUGAUCCUGUUCUCUACAUGACUGAGUGGUUCAUGUGCAUCUUUGCCCGAACUCUGCCCUGGGCCUCAGUUCUCCGGGUUUGGGACAUGUUCUUCUGUGAAGGAGUCAAGAUCAUCUUCCGAGUGGCUCUGGUGCUUCUUCGGCAUACGCUGGGCUCCGUAGAGAAGCUUCGGUCCUGCCAGGGAAUGUAUGAGACCAUGGAGCAACUGAGGAACUUACCUCAACAAUGCAUGCAGGAAGAGUUCCUUGUGAAUGAAGUAACAAACCUCCCUGUGACAGAGGCCCUGAUAGAGCGUGAAAAUGCAGCACAGCUAAAGAAGUGGAGAGAGACCCGAGGGGAACUUCAGUACAGACCAUCCAGAAGGCUCCAUGGCUCAAGGGCAAUCCAUGAGGAGCGCAGGCGACAGCAGCCCCCUCUGGGCCCAUCUUCCAGUCUCCUCAGCCUUCCAGGCCUCAAAAGUCGUACCUCCAGAGGUGGAGGUUCUUCUUCUCCACCCCUCCCUAUUCGAAGAGCCAGUGCUGGCCCUGCUCCAGGCCCUGUGGUCACAGCUGAAGGGCUACACCCCUCCCUGCCCUCACCAACUGGAAACAGCACACCUCUGGGACAGGUAAAGGAGACCAAGCGACAGGAGAAGGAGCGGCAGAAGCAGGAGAAGGAGCUUCAGAAGCAGGAGAAGGAGAGGCAGAAGCAGGAGAAGGAGAGGCAAAAGCAAGAGAAGGAGCGAGAAAAGGAGAGACAGAAACAGGAGAAGAAGGCCCAGGGGCGGAAGAUGUCCCUUCGGCGGAAGGCAGACGGUUCUCCACCCCCACAAGAUGGAGGGGAUGGGACCUCGGCAGCUGGGGCACGACAGGAUGCCUACUUCUGACCUUCUAUCCCAUCCAUGCUGGGUCUGGUAGGGACACUGGCUUCCCUCCUCCAUGUUGAACUUCAUCACCUGUCCUCUGCACUUCCUUGACCUCCCAGGCCUAUGGAGCCAGUUACAGGUCUCCUCUCAUUCUAUUUGGUCAGUGAUAUUCUCCCUUAGAGAAGGCUGUUUUUCUCCCCACCUUGGUAUAAACAGCCAUGUCUCAACAGAGCAAAAGGAACUAGUGCUAUUCCCCAGAUCCAUCGUCGGGCUUGGUUCCACUGUGGAGCUGGCCCAGUAUUUUCCUCAGUUGUUGCUGGACUCUGUCCCUAAGCCAACCCUAUCUAGGGGGUUUGAAACCCCAAUAAGCAUUUCAUGGGAUGAUGUGGAGUGAGCCCUGAGCUUACCCCCACCCUUUUUCCAGUCUACUCAACCAGUGUUCUUCCUUUCCUGACUCCAUUAAGUUUCUCCUUUCACCUUUCCCCUCUCUUGCUGAUCUAACCCUUUCAUACCUUCUUCAGCAUGAGUGGACUUUUAAAGAUGGGCCUUGGCUGUUUCUAAAUUUUUACUCUUGGUGGCUUAGCCUCCCAAUUCCACAAGGAGAAAGCUGGGUGAGCCUCUUCUUCCCUCAAGCCUUAACCGUCCCCCUACAUCUUCCCUCUGUGCCAGACAGAGAGGCAGAAGGGCCUCUCUAUAUUAUAUAUAUAUAUAUAUAUA